UGGCGGUGGUAGUUAGAGAUUCUUAGAGUUUGUCUGUAUAUUUCGAAGUUUAGAAUGAUUAUCAUAACCCAGUGAGCACAACGUUUCCUGUGUGCAUAGUUAGCGCUGUGCUUUGAAGCAUUUUAGGUGUGACGCUGUAAAAUGAGCGGCUGGGCCGGUUUUUCUGAGGAGGAGCUUCGGAAGAUGCAGCAGAAAGACUCGGCGAUGUCGGCAGCGGCAGCCCGCGGACGGAAACCGGUUCCAGCAAACCGGAAUCGGCAGCAGUUACAGCGGGAGAGGGCCCUUCAGGUAACCGCACAGAAAAACGCUGGAUCCGCAUCUCUUUGCCUUUCACCGGAGCAACAGCUCACCAAACCGCCACCGCCGCCUCCGAAAGAAGAUCCAGAGCCUCAGCCCACAGCCACUCAGUCCACAACCCCUCCAACAGGAGCUCCGGCUGUCAAACAGGGGGUUCAGCACAAACCCACAGAGAUGAAUCCAGCUCCGGAGGAGACCCCGGCCGUCAAAGAGCUGGAGAAACAAGAGGUGGCACUACGGGACAAGACACGUCUGGAGCAACUGCAGCAGGAGCAGAAGAUAAUGGAAGAGAGGAAUAAGCGCAAGAAAGCUCUGCUGACAAAAACGAUCGCUGAGAAGUCCAAACAGACUCAGGCCGAGGCCGUGAAGCUGAGGAGGAUCCAGAAGGAGCUCCAGGCCCUCGAUGACAUGGUGUCCAAUGAUAUCGGCAUCCUGAGAGUAAAGAUAGAACAGGCCAGCUGGGACUACUCCACUGCCAGAAAGCGUUAUGAGAAGGCAGAGACGGAGUACGUGACGGCCAAGCUGGACCUGCACAAGAAGACGGAGGUGAAGGAGCAGCUGACGGAGCACCUCUGCGCCAUCAUCCAGCAGAACGAGCUGCGUAAAGCCCACAAGCUGGAGGAGCUGAUGCAGCAGCUGCAGCUUCAGGCCACUGAGGAAGAGAUGGAGAAGCAGCAGAAGGAGGAGGAGGAGGAGGAGAAGAAGAAGAAGAAGAUGGAGAGCUGCGUGGAGAAACAGAGGGACGGGAAACAGGGGAACGGUUCAGUGGCGAAUCAGGAGGGAACGGUGCAAUCAACCAAAGACUGUAGACCCGGAGAGGAAGAAGAGGCUGUGAUCAUGGAGAAGGGAGGUGACGUCCCGCAAGAGCACCACCCGAUGACUGAACCACAGAAGACUGAACAAGACUGUCAAACACUAGAAAACUCUGUUCAGAGUGGAGUUGCAGCCUCCUGAUGCUCAGAAAACAUUAUCACGCAUUCCGCACUGUAGAGAUUCAAGUAAUGCAGUAAUGACUAAUGUUUUCCAAUAACAGUCUCAGCCAGAUGAAGUGACGCUCGAUGCUGUAACUUCCAGGACUGGGUGUCAAAUGUUAAUUCUUUUUUGGUAUCCACCAAAAUGAGUCAGAUCAACAGUGUCUGACUGGAAGUAACGGAGUUUGCACCAUCCAAUGAGUUUAUUUGAGAUAUUAUGUGUUGGGAAGGACUGUUGUUUUGGUUAUUGAGUAUUGAGAAAGUAAGCACAAACCUGUGACCUUUUUGACUGAAUUUCACUUCAAUUUUUAACUAGGACGACAUUGUGAGAUAUCGAGUUUUGUCGUAUUUGUCCCCACAAGCUUCAACAGUGAUGUAGCUUUCACAUAUUUUUAAAUUAGGGGUUAAAAAGGAGCGUUUGCAUUGGAUUAGGAUCGGAGGAGUAAGGUUGUAUCAGUGCAUCUCCUUUUGCGACGUAGCAGAUUCUUACAUACCAAAUGUUUAUUUAAUAUGUUUAUAAAAAUCUAAUAUGGGCGGUAUUGCAUGUGGGCAAAAAAUAUGGGCAAAAGGUAUUUGCUUUUGGUGAUUACUGGUAAAAAAUAUUGUUGACUAAACUGUCAAGUACCAAAACUGACAUCGGAUAUUUGGUCAGAUUCAUAAUCACGAGUAAUGAUUUUCUGAUCAGAAUUAAAUCAAAACCUUACAUAUUUUUGAUUUACUUUAUAAAGGAGAACUUCUUAUAAGAUUUUACAUUUGAGAAGUCAAGCCUCUUUUGUUAAAUGUUAGAAAGGUGUCCGGGAUGCGGGAAAAGUAUUUAUUUUGGGGAAACGUGGGUAUGAUAUUGACACUAAUGUUGAUAGAUUUCAAUCAACAGCCAGCCUUCAGUAUGUGUGUACCUGCAGGAUCAGACCAAAUCAUAUUCAGCUGCAGAGUAAAUCAGAGUAUCUUGAACCCAUUAUCCUCGAACUCGCUUUCUAUUUGUGUGCUUCCAAAACUUCCAAACAUGUGGAUGAACAUCACAUGUGAAUUAUCUCUCAGAGAAAGAUGACUGUUUUUGAUUAUUGUGUCUUUGUGGCAACAAUGAAAGAUGGGUCCUGCUUACUCCCUGAAGGGAGGCAUGGAUCCAUCUCUGUUCCAAACAUGAACCCCCCCCGCCCCGUCUUAUGUGUUGUAGACAAACAUGUUAGCUGGCGCUGGGCUUCGUGUUCCUCAAAAGCUAAUUCUCGUCUUGUCAGUGCAGACGAGGAGCAGCGGGCCUCCUGAAUGGUAAGGUGAUAUGUGUUAAUGUGCGUACAGAUGCUUUCAGCUGCAUGAGAUUCUGCACAGUUUACCUUUUCUGGCUGCACAAUGUGUCGACAAUAAUAUAUGACAAUAAUCUGAUGUUAACCUGUGUAUAUGUGGGCCUAGCCAAAGCCUGGUUGUAUGUGAAGCAAACGACAUGAAUAUAAAUAGUUAUUUAAAUUGGGUACGUAUUUAAAGAGGUUAUAUUUAGA